AUGACUACACUCUCUACCUCCCGAGGCCGCUCGGCUCUGGCCGUCAGCAUCGUCUUUACUUGUCUGGCUACGGCCAUAGUCUUGGUCCGGGUUUAUACUCGAACGAUUUUGGUGAAGCAAAUGGGAGCGGACGACUAUACUAUCUUGGUUGCUCUAGCUUUCUCAUGGGUUUUCUUCGGUCUGUUCGUUGGUGAGGUCUACCACGGCAUGGGCGAACAUUACGCCCUCAUUCCACCGGCAAUCUACAAAAUGCAGAUGCUCUGCUUCUGGGCAUCAGUCCCAAUCUACCAAACCAGUCUGAUCACCACCAAAAUGUCCAUUCUCCUGCAAUACCGCCGAGUCUUUUCCACGCCGAGAAUGCGCCUCGCUUGUAAUCUUCUGAUUGCGUUCCUCGCCGUGUACGGAACAUGGACGAUCCUCAGUGCUUGGGCCAAUUGUGUCCCUCUUGAGAAAUUCUGGGAUCCUACCGUUCCGGGGUUCUGCUUCGAUAAGAAGGCACUGUGGUUUUCCAACUCUGCCAUCCACAUCUUAUCGGAUAUCUUGAUUUUGGUGUAUCCCAUGCCGGUGCUCAAGUCUCUCCAACUGCCGAAGAGACAAAAGUUUGCGUUGAUAGGUGUCUUUGCCCUCGGUGGAUUCGUCUUGAUCACCAGUAUCCUCCGUCUCAGCAGUCUUCUCGUAAUUUCCAACUCCACCGAUCCAACCUACGACAACGUCGGCGCCGCCGAGUGGUCCGCCAUCGAAUGCAAUGUCGCCAUCAUCUGCGCUUCCCUCCCCAGCACCCGCGCAUUCCUGUCCAACCUACUCCCGCACGUCUUCUCGACCGGCAGCAACGGCUACCACAGCCGGACCACGCGUCCCUCCCGCAUAGGCCGGAGCCAUCUCACCGGCACGAUCACGAACACCCAAGUGCAAGCCUCCGUCAUCGGCGGCCUCGACGACCGAGACUAUGACCUCGACAAGCUCUCACCUUCGACGGCAUCUUUCCGCACCAAUGAAAAGUACAGUGAGGGCAAGGAGGGGCUUUCGGGAAUCAAGGUGACUACGUUCGUUACGCAGGAGUCGAUUUCGCAGCAAGUGACGAACGAGGAGACGGGGAGUACGAAGGAUCUUGUGCGUAAGCAUAGCUUUUGA